UGGAGAAACAGAAAGUUAAAAGGAACAGGCUGGAUGGUUGAUCAGUAUCUUGGUCAUAAAAGAGCUGUGGUGGGAAUAUUCAGCACCAUUAUCGUGCUGUUUCUGAAUUUGCAUGCUGAAUGAGUGCAACGCAACAAAAACAAAAUGUGUGGAGUGAAAUGCAUCACUUUUAUGCUGUGGGUUUAUAUUCUCAAUGUAAUAACUGGAGAAAACAAUUCAAAAAUGGAAUUAACUCCGUUAAGUCCAGUGAUUCAUGUUGGUGAGGAUUUGGAGAUUACCUGUCGAGUGACUGAUUGUCCGGUUAAUGUGACCUUCACGUGGACAUCUGCAACAGACAAAUUUCUUAAUGCAGAAAUUAAAAAUGAGCAUACUGUUUCCCAUCUGCUGAUCAGGAACAUUUCUGUUAUACACAGUGAAACUGUCGUGUGCAAAUCUUCAUGUGAAGGAAAACCCCUACAGAAAACUUCAAAAAUAAAGAUCUUCUCAUUUCCAGAAGAUCCCGUACUGCCCAAAAUCGAGAGUCUCAUUGCAAACCAAGAAAAGAAGCUCAUCUGCACAGUCCACAACAUUUACCCUUUGGAAAUGUUUCACAUUGAGUGGUUUCGUGGAGAUAAAUCCCUCCAUAAGGAAGAACUUGAUUCAAAACAUUCAGACCAUGUUCAGAAUUAUUCGUCUGUGUUCAAUUACACACCUUCAGUCGAUCAUCUAGGCAAGAAUAUUAGUUGCAAGGCAACCCUGGAUCUCAAUCAUUGGAACAAAACAACAACUGCUGAAUAUGGUCCAGGGACUGUGACAGUUUCCAGCAAUAAUACCAUGGUAAAGCUUGGCGAUCAUUUGGAGAUAACAUGUCAUGCAGACGGAAACCCCAAGCCGACAAUCUUGUGGUGGAAACUGGGGGAGACUGAGCCUGAACAGCAGAGCCAGAACCACAAGCUCAUAAUAAGUAAUGCUUCCUGGUCUCAAGCAGGUUGGUAUCGGUGUAAUGCAAGCAAUAACGUGGGAAGCCAGCAAAUGAGUGUAAACAUCAUUGUUGUAGGUCCUCCAAACAUCCCCAAAAUCCAGUUAAGCCAUGGAGGAGAGCUGAAAGAAGGAGAGAACUUAAGCAUAUUCUGUUCUUCAGACGGCGGGCCAGCAGAACUGAAACUGUACAGACAGUCCCAGAGCGCAGCGACAGGAGUGAGGAAUGACUCAGCUGUGCUUUUAAACAUCUCAUCAAUCCAGAUAACAGAUGCAGGGAUUUACAUCUGUGAAGCAAAAAAUGACUUUGGCACUGAGAGAAGCACAAUGAACAUUACAGUCAAGGCACAGCAUAGCAUCUCGAGAAAUCCAGACCUGCCUGUCGCUAUUCUGCCGGCUGUGGGGUCAGUGUCGCUGUUGACCGCUGCUGGACUGCUGAUCCGACACUGCAGAAAGCAAGCCAGGAGCAACAUCAGUACAAUCCUCUAAACAGAUGAAGAGCACAUUAAGAAAAUGAAGUGCUUUUCUGCUGAAAGGAACAUUCACCUUGACAUUAUGUAUAUUAAGCUUACUGACCAGUCAGUCAAAAGCUGCAUUUUCUGUAUUUAGUAAUUUUGUGGCUAACAGUGUUAUUUUCUUAUAAAAUUAAUACUUGAUAGAUCAUCUCAAAACACAGUGUACAUGCAGUUGCACAAAUGGUCAAAAGUUUCUAAGUUUCUGCAUCUAUUUGAUUAAAAAUACGGUUGAUUAAAACAGCACUAAUUCUUUGGUAAUAAUGAACAAUAAUGAAUUGGUGCUCAUAAAACAUUUCUUCUGGUUCUUCUCAUUAUUAACAGUUUAAAAAGCUUGGGACACACAGGAAACUCAUUUCAAAUUCUGAUCCAUGCAGACUUUUCCUUUUCCUUUUCCUCCAAAAAAAUUGCAACAAUGGUUUUGGGUAAACUUAACCUGUUAACUGUUUUAUGCAUUGUCCAUUCUUUUCCUGUUUCUGUUAUCGGUCUAUCAAUCUUCCAGUUUCUUCAGGAAGUCCCAUUCCUGACCCAGCACUGUACUGUAGGUGUUGAAAUGUAUUGCUGCCUGCUGUUUAAUGCAGAGUGCAUAUCGUGCUUCAAAACAACAAAUGCCAUUUAAGAAGGUCUUGAUUAAAAUUGCUACAGUGGAAAUAUUGCAAACAUCGACAAUCCCAACAUGCUAAAAUUGGACUGGCUACAUGAACGGAGUAGAAAAUAAAAUGUUUUCUAAUGUUUGUCCUUGUUAUUUUGUCUAUAAUGGUUGUAAAA